UACAGAUCUUGUUUUAUGAGCUUAUUAUGUGGAUGUAAUGCUGUAUGGGCAAAUAAUGAGGAUUACUUCUCAAGAAUUUUCUUUUGGUUUCUCCCAGACACUGAAGGGUUCGUGAUACCAAACUUAGUUGGAGACUCGAGUAAGCCUGAUGUUCUAGAAGUGAAUGACUUGGAACCUUCUCCCAAGGUUGGACAGGCCAAGAAGGAAGAGGAAAAGAUCUACUUGGGACCGCACGGUGCUCCACCUUCACAAGCAAAGCAGCAAGAGCUGAACACAACUGGGCGGAAGCAGCGAUUUAAGCAGAAGUUAAAGGAAGCAGACAGAAGACACACAGGAUCAGGGCGGGAGAAUAAGGUGGAUAGCCUGCAAGAACUUGUUGGUGGCGGAAAAGUAAAUGUUAGCACGUCAAAGAGUUCCUCAACGGAAUGGCUUGACCCACAUUGUCAUGAGUCUCAGUUUGAGAGGUCUUACUAGGUCUGCUUCGGGUCUCUUAUACUAGAUUGAGAUUAAAGUAAAUUUUCUGGGUUCAGUACUAUUAAUAAGAACUUGUGCGUGUGUCGAAGACUCGAAGAUUCAUAUAGAGAUUAUGUAUACAAGUAAUGUUAAAAUUGCCCAUUUAUUCAUAAAACUAGUUAUUGUUCGUAA